AUCGCCGAAAACAAAUCAGAUAUUACAAUCGCCGACCUAAUUUUUUGAUUUUUAUACCUAAGUUACAAAAAUAUACUGAAUUAAUAAAAAGCAAUUAUGCCACCAAAACCCACCAACUGGCGCAUGUAUGGCAAGAUGGCGGUUGCCGGCUUAACGUGUUGUGUCGGCGGUCCAGCUCUGAUCUACUACGUUUCUCCAACAGAAGAAGAACUCUUCCUGAAAUACAAUCCAGAAUUACAGAAGCGCAGCUUGGAGAAUCGAGUAGGGAAACAAGAGGAUUUCGAUAACUUCGUGGCAAGAUUGAAGGAGUAUAGUAAGACUGAUAGACCAAUUUGGGUCGAAGCCGAAGAAGCCGCACGCAAAAAGCGUAGUGGAAAGAUAGAAGAACAAGCCAAAUUGAUGCAAGAGAUGCAAGAGAGGAAAGAAGAAAUUAAGAAGAGUGGAACAAAAUUGAUGCCCGGUGGAAGUCUUUAAUUGCAAUUAAAAUGGCAAAGGAAUGAAAUUUGUACAACUAUGGAUGGCGUUUGGUUGCAUAUUGUCUUUGACGAUGGAAGGUUCAAGUUUGGCGCAGAAAUGGGGAAUGAAAAUCUCAAUGGGUGGGUUUUUGAAGCUGCACAGCUGUAUAGCUGCUAUGUAUGGUAUGAUAUGAUAUGAUAUUGAUAUUGCGUUUAUUUGGAAGGUCGAGGUCUUCAAAUACAUCUUGAUCUAAGACAUCUCAAUGCUGCGUAUUUUCGGAUCCUAAGGAUUCUUUAAUUUCAAGCAUUAUAUGAAAUGAUU